UGGCGUUGGUUGACAAAAAGUAUGGCAGUAGAGUACGUAGGCCUACGUUUUCUUCAUGUGUACGGUUUUAUCCUGGUUUACGUUUCAUUCCUGCAGUUCCCGUCUUCAUUCGGACGUUCAUUUGAGGGAAAAACACAGUAUUUGGAGCGUGGGCGACAGGGGGUAGCUGCCUGUCCAGCGCUGCUUGGUGCCGGGCUCAUACCUAGUGAAGUACCUGUGAUAUACUGGUAUCUGGGACCAAUUACCAGAGAUGCGCUACCCUUCAUUGUAAAAAACGAAGGGAAUAUUCUAUUUGGUGAUGGCGUGCCUGUUGGGCUGUACGGCAUUAACGACGAGCUAAGUCUCAUCAUUAGCCAAGUUAGGAACUCGAGUGCUGGUACCUAUUACUGUCGGCUCGCACCACAACGCCUGGCUUUCCAAGAUGCGUCGGUGCCCAUCGAAGUGAUAGUGUCACCAGACCCUGAUGAGCUUCCGAUCGUCUCUCCUUGUGAUGAGAAGCCGAUCCCUUCCCUAUGUGAGAUCUCGACUGACCAGUCAGUGAUUGGUCUCACAUGCAAGGUUAAAAACACCUUCCCGGCGGUCGAGCUGCAAAUCUGGAGAUUUCCAGCCGGUGACGGUAAUAAAAUCGUUCAACUCAAAGACGCAGUAAUUGUGACUGAGCAAGUUACAGUUCCACUGCUGGGGAAUCUAACUGAAAACGAGCGCCUUAGAACCGAUAACACCUUCACCACGACUGCUUCAGUUGAGGUCGAGGUUGGAGUUAGAGGUGGCGUCUUCAUCUGCAAUAGCUCGGGCCCUGUCCCAGGAAAAGGGAAGAGUACAUUGGUGGUGAUAAGCAAAGAGGUCCCAGUGGCACCAACUACGCAGACUACCAGCCAUGCAACUACCUUCAAAACAGGGGUUAAAACAACCAAUGAGGAAACAAUGAUGACUUCAGUUGAAACAGGUGACACUACGGCAACAUGUGAGAUGCUCGGCUUGACGAUUAUUCUGACUGUGCUCACACUCUUGUUUGCAUUCUUGUGGCUUGUGUCGAUCGUCCUGUCGCAACGGGUAACAGUGCUGAAAAUUAAGAUCUCGCACAUAGUGCAGAAGCUAUGGGCGUGUAUCGUUGCAGGAAGAAUGACUCGCAGCGACCGCUCCUUGAAGGCAACUGGGACCGUCCCCUUAUUCAAGAGCAAGAGACAUCGAGGAGAAGUAACAGUGUAAGGAGGGACAACAACGAGACUUAUAGCCAGAUGUAGAAAAGUUCGAAUAUUAUGUGCGAGACUUGCACAAGAUGUCACUUAGUUUAGGAAAAAUAGAGGCGCCCGACCCCUGGAAAGGUCAAACUUCAAUGACGUCACGAGGAGUACAUACACACAGAUCUCCUGUUGGCGGGGAAGGCCUAUCCCCAUACUGCGGUUUGGGAUCUGACUAUUGUUUUAUUUGCAUUCAUGUCCACGACAAGUCUUUGUCUGACGAUUAUCAUUGUCACUAACUUGACCGCUGAUCUGCGACGAGACACAUUCAUUUCGUACAUUGUUACUGUCAGUUAGCAAUUGGCUAAUGAAACUGUUUUGUUAAUAAAUCUGCAUAUCAAAUAAGUUAACAUUCCAUUAAUCCCUCCCUUCUAACUCUUGGAAAAACACAAAUUUUAGAGUCUGAGUUUGUGAGGGCAAGGUCGUUUACCCGCUUACGGUGGCCCACAACUGUCACGGCAAAACAAAAAGCGCCACGGCAAAACAAAAAGCGCCACGGCAAAACAAAAAGCGCAACGGCAAAACGAAA